CAAGAUGGAGGCUAAGCUCAGUCGCCUUCGGGGAGUGGUGCCCUGAAGCCGGACAUGGGGGAGGGUCCCAGGCACGCCGGAUCGCGGCUCUGUCUGGAGAGAGGCCAAGAGGCUGCCAUCAUGGGCAAUGUGGUAGCUACUACGGAUGGGCAAGGAAGGAGUGGAAUGAAGAUGACCCCCCACCUUCAGGUGUCGGGGAAAGCACCCCUUGGUGGGAUUGGCCUCCGCCACAGUGCCAGGUGGGACUGGAAGUCCAUCACCCUGCACAUGAAGUUGGAGGUGCUUCAGAGGUUUGAAGAGGGUGAGAAGCUGACGCAGAUGGCCUGGGCUCUGGGGCUGGCCACCUCUAUGGUAGCCUCGAUCUGUGUCAACAAGGACAAGAUUCGGGCACAUUCUCAGGCAUCUAUGUCCAUCAGUGCCAAGCAGCUGACCCGCUGUUGGGGGUGUGGUUAUGGGCCAUAUGGAAUGCCUGCUGAGCCUGUGGAUUGAGGAGCAGAAACGGCGGAACCUACCUGUCAGCACACUGCUCAUCCAGGACCAGGUGCAGAGGCUCUUUGCACAGCUGCAGCAUGAGCAGGGUGAUGGUGCCUAGGCUGGGACCUUUGGUGCCAGCAAUGGCCGGUUUGCCCGCUUCAAGGCACGCCACAAUGUGCUGUUGACGGAUGAGCCGACUGUGGCCGAUGCCCAAGCCACUGCCUGCUACCCCUCAGUGUUGCGCACCAUUCUGGAGGAGGGCCGCUACUCACCAAGCCAAGUCUUCAACAUGGACGAGAUGAGCCUGUAAAGGACCACCUGACCUUGCUACUGGGCGGCAGUGCAGCUGGUGACUUUAAGCUAAAGCCCCUGCUGGUAUACCCCUCAGAGAACCCACGUACCCUCAAGGGCUGCUCCAAGGCCAGCCUGCCUGUGGUGUUGCCCUCCAACCGUAACGACUGGCUGACACCCAGUCUCUUACAGGAGUGGUUUAUUGGCUGCUUCUGCCCUGCUGUGGAGAGCUACUGUGCUAGCCACAGCCUCCUGCACCAUGCCCUGCUGCUCCUGGAUGGUGCACCCUGUCACCCUGCCCACCUAGGUAGUCUUUCAGCCCACGUGCGCAUUGAGUUCUUGCCCAAGAACACAUCGGCCCUGAUCCAGCCCAUGAACCAGGGCCUUGUUGCCGCCUUCAAGGCCCAUUACCUGCGCCGCAUGCUUAGCCAGCUGGUCCAGGAGAUGGCUAGUAGAGACUGGCCCUCCAUUCAGGAGUUCUGGCGCAGCUAUACCAUCACAUCUGCAGUAGACAGCAUCGCCCAGGCCUGGGCAGAGCUGCAGCCCGCCACCAUGAACAGUGCCUGGAGGAAGCUCUGGCCCCAGUGUGUCCCUGCCAGCACUUUAGAGCCUGACACCGUGCCCCAGCUCCGCCGCCGUAUUGUGGCACUAACCAGCGAUGUGGGCCUUGGGGACGUGGCAGAAGCUGAUUUUGCCCACCUGCUGCAGAGCCAUGUGGAACCCCCACUCUGCAGAAAACCCCAGGAUGCUGAAGAUGGAGAUGCCAUUGGCUUUGGGCUGCCCUGGGAGGCAGGGAAAGUCCUGGCCUCCAAAAGACCAGACUCAGAUCUUAUGGAAGCUGUGGUGGGUACAUGAACUGAGGAAGCUGAUGUGAUGCACUGAGCCCUGUGCAUCUCAGGCCAUGUCCCAUUUCACUGCUGGCCUGCAGGUCCUCACAGAGAACGAUCCUAACUGGGAGCGCAGUCUGAGGGUGUCCAUUGUGCCCUUGCCCGCUUCUGGGCACUUCACUGGGAAAGGAGGCGACAGGCUCGGGCAACUGCACCCUCAGGAAGCCCUGUGGUGGUGGCCACGAGGGAGUUGGCUGGAAGCCUCUGCUUACCUCAGAUGGAGCCUGCAGAGAGUGGGCUAGUGGCCAAAGUCACACACCCUGAAGGACAGACCUCUAAAGCUGGGCUGCAUGAUUUUGGGCUUGGGCCUGACCUUAGAUGAGCCCUGUCUGAUAUUUUUUGUCUCUGGAAGACAGACACUAUCAUUUCUCCCUCACGGUUCUUAUAUCUCAUGCUCUGUGGGUUCUCUUUUUUACAGUGACACAGCCCACCAGGCUUGGGAAAAAGGAGGGUGGUGGUCUCUGAUGGAAAGAGGAGCUGCGGGGCCCAGGAAUGCCCACCCAUGACACACCCCGCAGCACCAAAGUGGCCCAGCACACCCACCAGAGUGGUCCUCCUUGUGGUGAGCAGCCAGGGCUGAGACCAGGCUCUCCCAUUCGACAACCCUGAUCUCUCACUCCCUGCACCAUUCUACCCAACUUUAUCAUUUUAUUUAUUUUUUUAA